AUGCACGAGGGGAUCUGUUUCCUCCGAUGGGAUAUUAGGACUGUAGGAGUUUUCGGCAUUUAUGAGGGCGUCGUGAAGAACAAGGGAUCUCAUCCCGUUGAUACUAUGUACGAGGUCGCUAGCGGUUGCAUCCUUGGGGCCCUUCAGCUGGCUGAAAUGAAAACUCGAGAUAUCUCAAGUGGUGAAGUAUCUUCCAUCAGCAGCGACGAUGAGGAGUUACCAAUGAAGGCGCUAUGUCGUCAUUCGCCAGAACAAGUCAGACCGAGUAAGGGAGUCAGAAAUCGCGUUUGGCAGUCGGUUGUGCUUGAAAAUACUCUUGAGAACGCUUUCAAAAGCACGGCUCUCGAGUCGGAUAAGCUGACAAUGGUUAAUCGCGGUGCUGAAAGCUACCGUUUUGAUGAAAAUGAGGUCGUUGUGGAACCGGUCGCUUCAAUGGAACAACGGCCUCCCAGCCGUAAGCGGCGCCUUAGUGAGCGACUUGCACCUCGAUCUUACGAUAGAACCAUACCUCGUGACCAUUACGGUGUCAAUUUUGACAGCUCUUCUGAUGAGGCUGUUUCAGCUAUCGCAAAUUUUUUGGAAGAAGAUCGUGAGGACUUGAUUGGGCGGAUUGUAAAAACAAUCGGUGUGAAACGUGCACUGGAAUUCUGCUACCUUACCGAAGACAUUGAAAAGUGUGGAGGUUUGUGCACUAUGGAUGGAACUCGGCGCAGAACUCCUGGCGGUGUUUUUUUUGUCCUAAUUCGACGCUCUGACCAGGUUUCCAAAGAUGAAAAAAAGAUAAUCUUCAAGGAAACUUCAGUGACAAAACUGUUCAAAAAGCGGCUUCGACAAUCGCAUCGACGGCGAGCGGCUGCCUCACAGGCGCAGGAGCAACCCCCUGAUUGUGAGGCGACUGUCGACUUUAAGGAUCUGCCCUCACCUGAUGUGUAUAUCGAGUACCCUGUUGCAUCGCUGGUGGCUAUCCUCUUGCAUGGAUCUGGGGUCUACGUGUGUGAAAUCCUUCUUCGUCCUGCUGACUGUGACAGCGACGUUGACACGCAGUUCACAUUGCCUGGUGAAAGAGUCCUAAUUCCCGGUGCUUCGGCAUACCUAAUGACCGUCGGGAAGGUUGUGGACGAUACCGCGAUGGUCUCCUUUACCUUCGAUACGCCACCAGAGUCUCCCGCUCUCCUUUACUCCUUUCGCCAUUUCAAUCUCCCACAGCUCAGCUUCAACACGCGCGAAUUCUGCGCGAACCUCUUAUGCGGGCUGUACGACAGUGAAGGGAAUAAAAUUAGCGAUAUCGUAAGCACAUGUUUUGACAACGCGAAUCCCGACCUCUAUGGUCCCGUUGUGUUCGUCCCCAAGGCGACAAACGUCACUUGUUCCGUCAUCUGGUACUACCCCCGUGAGAAGAGUCACCUUAAUGGCUCCGUUCAAAUUAUUUUUGCCUCUGCCUAUAACGGCAAAUGUGAGGACGCCUAUUCUACUUGGGUUAACUCUUCCUCGUGGUGCAAUGUCAACUUGAAGAACCUAAAGGACACCGGCUACGAGGAUACUCAGCAACUCUUGUGUCUGGAAAGGACUGUAGCGGUGGAGGCGUUCAACACUACCUGUUCGGAUUCCAUGGAACCUCCGGUGUUCCAUUUCCCACUAGCCUAUGUCAUCAUCUCCAUCUGCACGCUAGUGUUUCUUCUGAUUGUCCUAAUUUUAAUUAGUUGCUGUAUCUGUAAGCGCAUCAAACGUCGGAAAAUCCGCAAAUUGAAGAAGACAGGUAAACUUCAGACAAAUGGAGGACUCAUUCAUGCGACCCCAGGGGAAGAGGAGGGUGCUUUACUUCCUGGUGAACAAGUCGCAGAUGUGGUCCCAGAUGGAGGGAAAGAUGCUUCACCUUCUGAUGGACAACGACCGAAUGAGACCUCAGAGGGGGAGAAAGAUGCUUCUUUUACCACAGUUUUUGGCUUGUCAAUAAAGAGGGGCUUGGUGUUAAACGCUGUCAUCGUUUGGCGUCAGUGUGGCACGAUGCCCACUUCAUGGAGUGGCGUGUGGGAGGUGGACCUGGUGGGUGGACGAGCCACGCCCUCGACGUUGGUCUGCUCCCUUUACGUUAUUGUGUUCGACAUAGGAGUUAUCCCGGCCGAUGCUGAUUGA